AGCGUGCUCAUGGAACAGUGAAUAACUAACAUUCACUCGCACCGUCGUAGUCAUAAACAUGCUCUCCUUGUUCCCGGUUCGGUUCACGGCCCCUCCAUUAUCCCCAAUUUCCAAAAUUGCCCUUCUUCUUCUUCCGAGCAUCUGCCACCCCAGGGUUGGGGCUAGGGUUAGGGUUCCGACACUUCGCUUCAACGCCAUGAGCGGCCCCUCCGCCGCAUCCGCGGCGCCGGCGCCGGGGACGGAGGACGCCGGAGAACCCACGGCGCCGCCUCUAAACGGCGACGUGGUGGUGCAGUACGUGGUUCUCCGGCGCGACCUGAUCGGGGCGUGGCCGCUGGGGAGCGUGGUGGCGCAGGGGUGCCACGCCGCCGUCGCCGCCGUGUGGGCUCACCGCGACCACCCCGACACCCUCGCCUACUGCUCCCCCUCCAACCUUGACUCCAUGCACAAGGUGACUUUGGAGGUGAAAGGUGAGGCGCAAUUACGGAGCUUGGCGGAGAAGCUGGAGGCGAGCGGGGUCGAACACAAGCUCUGGAUUGAGCAGCCGGAGAACAUUCCUACAUGCCUGGCGACGCGGCCGUGCCCCAAAUCGCAGGUCGCCCAGUUCUUUAGGAAGCUCAAGCUGUGCAAAUCAAUCGUUUGUAAGAAGCACCAUACUUUGGUUUAUGCUCUCCCACAACCCUACCAUAAAGAAAACUACUAUGCACAGCAAUUCUGUACAUCCUUGCUUCAUAGUAAUCCUAUGAGCAUCCAUCUGAACAAAUGCCCUACGAAAGCUCCCAUUUCCCAUAACUAG